ACCGUCCAGAUGAUAGCAGCAGGAAGAAGUCCGGCUGGGCAGCAUCAUGCCCGCUGCUGUGAUCAUGGAGGAGAACUUUGAUCAGUUAUUGGAUCAAUGUGAGGCUCAGGAGCUGGAGGCUCCAGGGGGCAUCGCMACUCCCCAGGUCUACGCUCAGAUGCUAGCGCUGUAUCUUCUCAACAACGACAUGAACAACGCCCGCUAUGCAUGGAGACGUGUCUCUGGUUGCUGAAGGCUUCUGUCUUGUUUUCGGCUGCAGGCUAACCCUGAGCUAGCAGCUAUCUGGGCCGUCGGCCAGCGCAUUUGGCAGAGAGACUUCCCGGGGAUCUACACGGCCAUCGCAGCCCACCAGUGGUCCGAGAAUAUCCUGCCUGUCAUGGAGGCCCUCAGAGGUAACUUCAUGCAGAAAAACACUUCAGCAUAUCAGACACAUCACUGAGCAGCUGCAGCGCUAUCUCCAGGGUUAGCUACAGCAGCUAGCUGCAGGGCUAUCUCCAGGGUUAGCUACAGCAGCUAGCUGCAGCGCUAUCUCCAGGGUUAGCUACAGCAGCUAGCUGCAGGGCUAUCUCCAGGGUUAGCUACAGCAGCUAGCUGCAGGGCUAGCCUCCUGCCYCGGCGCUGUGAUCUCUGGGUUUUCUCCUGCAGACGUCAGCAGGUGUUUAUUGCGUCCUGAGUGAUUGUGGCGUUGCUGUUGGUUGUGCAACAGUUUAAAAUAACUUCUGGAUGUUGAUCUGCUGUUGAUGUCAUAAACGUGUUUCAUCAGACGUUUGGUAACRGCUGGCAGCUCUAAUAAAACCGCCAGUAAACAUUUGGAUUUGUUGAUGUUAGAGUUUCUGUUGAAUUUGUUCCAGUUUGACUCGUUUCAGACGUUUGAGGAUUUUACUUGUUGACCAUCGUUGUGUUUCUGGGAGGAUGACCUUCAUCUACCCUGGAGCUGCUGAUGCCUUCCUGCCCUGGCGUUGGGCUAACUCACCUGUAGACGCCACGGCCGCAGUGGACACGCGUCCGCUGAUCUGCUAACAGUGGAGCUAAUUGAUUUUUAGCAUUUUUGCUAACUUUGUAAAAGCUUAGCUUCYCCUCWAUACAUUUUUCUGGAUAAACUCCAAAGCUCUAAUUUACGUGGCUGUUUUUAAACUUUCAGAUGAGUAAAGUUCAACAUUUGUUUUGAAAUGUUGCUUAGUGGCUGUUUAAAAUCCUUUCUACUCAUGCUCUUAUUUUGAAGUGGGUGAAGUCUGAUCACGCAGAA